CCCCGUUGUAUCUUCUAACGACUUCAGGUUGGAUACGUAUACAUGUGAAAAGAAUAUAAUUAUGAACUCAUCUACCUGAUAAGCUUUGAAUGAUAGUACGAAUGCUUCGCCGAUGAAUUCAGACUUGUUGAUAGUGCCUGGGUAUGUAUAAGUCAGCGUCGUAUUGUGGCUAGUUUUCUAUGUGGCUAUGAUAGCAAAUCUGACGAUGACUGGAUCUUACGACUACCUAAGGAUCUGAGACGUCGGAACACCCUGGACCGAAACCUGGUAGGCCCCUACGCGCCUGCUACUCUGCCUCCGCCAGAAAGGAUUAUUUCAGAUACUUCCUCUCAUCCCUUCGCUUCUUCAACGCCGCUUCGUUCGUUCUUCAUCCGUAUACAAUAAUACCGUGCUCCGUGGCAGGCCACAGCAUCCGACGACUAGUAAUAUCUUGCCUCUUGCUUAAUUCCCUCAACGACAAGAUGUCUUCCACCAUGUUCCGGACAACGUUCAAAUUCCUCGUGCUGCUACUGUCUAUCUGCAACAUUACAGUAGCCCAAGCUGAGGUCCCCGAUGCAUUGGCACCCCGACAAAGCCCAACCGCAAACGCCGCUACCACGGCCGUCUGUCAAAACUAUGCGACAGUAGCCAACCUUUCUACCGUCGCUUUGAACUCGACCUAUCGUGCAGCCUUCUUGCGCUCUUCCAACCUGGGAACCUUCGACGCCCGCGCUAUCCUGGACGUUGAAUCGCCGAAACUGAUGGGGUUGAUGAUGGACGUGCAGCUGAACCAACAAUGCGGAAACCUGUCGCAAGUUGCUAUCGAUGGGGCCGCCGCAAACUUCACUGCGGGCACUGUGUUAGGCCUAACGAUCGCGGAUGCUCCUGGCAUCGCCGUCGACGCUGUUGCUAUGCCCAUUGUCCAGAUCGCCAUCUUCUUGAUUUUCUGUGGAACUUGGAUAAGCUUGUAAACGAAUCAAGCGCGGGAAUUUUGGCGAGGACGGACGUCUCGCUCGCUGGAGGGUAUAAGCGGCUCGGGAACUGCCUACUACUUGACUAUAAGUCAUGACCUGGGUGAGAUGCUUAGCUUGGCGUGCGGAUGAGUAUCGGGAUAGCGUUGGGAUACAAACAUCCUAAGAGUGCCAUGUUCUUGAGUCAUAUUGGUAGCUCAGCUUUGGGACAGGACAGCUAUUACAUAGCGAUGUCAAUGAGCUAAAGCAAUUCUCCAGCUGGUUGGCUCUGCAAAGCUGGAUAUACUUAGCACAUCACCUAAUACAAUACUUAUUAUACCCCGGAAUCCAUAAGUAACGUGAAUUUGAAUAGUAAUGUGAAUAAAAAGGUAUGUGGAUAAGUGGCGGCGGGAGCGCGGGCUAGAUACCGGACGUGGCU